CAUUGCAAUAUGUAAAUGAAAUAAUAGAAAUUAAAAAAGUAUGGCAUGUUUUAGUGUUAGUUCAUCACUAAUUUCAUCACCUUCUAAUUUCAUCACUUUCUUCCGUACUUCAUUCAAACCCUCAAGAAUGUCAGCAGUUAUGGCUACUGGUGUUCAAGAGGUUCUUCCACCUUCUCUAACUUCUACUUCGGACCCGCCUCCAAUUUUUGAUGGCACAACUAGGUUGUAUAUUUCGUAUAUAUGCCCAUAUGCUCGGCGUGCGUGGAUUACUCGCAAUUGUAAGGGAUUACAGGAUGUGAUAAAGUUGGUGGCUAUUGAUCUGCUAGAUAGGCCUGCCUGGUACAAAGAGAAAGUCUAUCCUCCUAACAAGGUACCUUCAUUGGAACACAAUAAUGAAGUUAAAGGAGAGUCCAUGGAUUUGAUCAAGUACAUUGAUAAGAAUUUUGAUGGACCAUCACUUUUCCCUGAUGAUCCGGCAAAGAAAGAUUUCGCGGAAGAGUUGUUUUCCUACAUGGACUCAUUUAACAAAGCUCUAAUUUUCUUAUUUAAAGGCGAAGAAAAUGAAGCUGGUGCUGUUCUUGAUUUUAUUGAGACAUCUCUUAGCAAAUUUGACGAUGGACCCUUUUUUCUCGGGCAAUUUAGUCUGGUGGAUAUUGCAUAUGCUCCAUUCAUUGAAUCAUUUCGACCUGCUUUGUUGGAAGUAAGGAAUUAUGACAUUACUGCUGGAAAGCCUAAUUUCGCUGCAUGGAUUGAGGAGAUGAACAAAAUCGAGGCCUAUAAUCAGACCCAGCAAGAUCCGAAGGAAUACGUUGAGAGCUACAAGAGAAUAUUUUUGGUACUUCCCAUGGUCAGCGUUGAACUCUGUCUUAUUCUCUUCAUCCAUUAUGUUGGUAAAAAGCGAUUUUUCUGGUGUACUUGUAGAUUCCUCUUGAUGAAUUUGUGCAAUAUGUAGUUAUGCAGUUUAAAUUUUCUGCAGUACAAUGAAAUAUCUAAGCGACAUGCCAUUUCUAGCAGUCGUGAUGCAGUUCUUAUUAGACAUGAAUCUAAUGCGACUCGCUCUUGCAGGACGAUGUCGGUGUAACAUUUAAAAUUUCCCGAGGACAAGUCGUUUGUUAUAUUGGCUUAGCAUAAUCAUUGUAUAAUAUAAGUUUAUUAUUUAAAUAUUUACAGUUCUA